UGAGAAAUGUCUUUUUCAAUGUAGGAAGCUAAUAUAGUAGUAGGAUAAUUAGCUUCUGCAUACUAUUCAGUAAUAAAUAAAGGAUACUAUCUUCUUAAAAGGGGAUGUGCAGCUAUUACGACAGAAUAUAGAUUUAAUAUUAUGACAAAUAAAAUAUUUCGAAUAAAAUUAUCUGAAAUCAGAAUAAGGUGGUUGUUAAAGCAAGUCUCUAAAUUUUACUUAUGGAUAGUAAUAUAAGAUAUCAAUCAAAUAAAACUUUGGGGCAUCAAAGAAUGUCAUCUUUCUGAUAAAAAAUAAGGAUGGUGAA